AUGCACUUUCGUGCCAAAUUGAACUCUCCACAAUCAAGUGCUCCUAGACGAUGCAAGGAGUACUCGCGCGGCGGGUUCGUGAAAAGUGGCAAAGAGAACUGGGCAACUUACAAGCUGUACACGAGGCUCCAUUCCGCGUUGCUGUGCUCCCCAGUCGGCUCCGACCUGUACAGCCCUGACAACAGGCAAAAGACGGUGACCAGUAUAUUCCAGAUGGCUCUGUGUAUAUCCAAGUUAUGA